GAGAGCUCUCCAGCCCUGAGUGACCAGAUCGGCGGCAGCAGUCAUGGGGAAGGGGCAUUUCUCAGGGCAGGGUUUCACCUCUCUGUCGCCAGCCCCCCCAACCUGGAGAUAGGUGAAGAUAGGAUGGUAGCUGGGGAGGCGAGUAUGCGCAGCCCAAUCCUGGCCUGCUGGCAGCCGAUUCUCCUGCUGAUGCUGGGAUCCAUCCUGUCCGGCUCUGCCACAGGCUGCCCGCCGCGCUGCGAGUGCUCUGCCCAGGAGCGCGCCGUCCUGUGCCACCGCAAGCGAUUCAUGGUUGUGCCAGAGGGGAUCCCCACCGAGACCAGGUUGCUGGACUUGGGCAAGAACCGCAUCAAGACGCUCAACCAGGAUGAAUUUGCCAAUUACCCUCACCUGGAGGAGCUGGAGCUGAACGAGAACAUUAUCAGUGCCAUUGAACCUGGGGCUUUCAACAAUCUCUUCAACCUCAGGACGCUGGGGCUCAGGAGUAACAGACUCAAGCUGAUUCCUUUGGGGGUGUUUACUGGACUCAGCAACCUUACCAAGCUAGACAUUAGUGAGAACAAAAUUGUGAUCCUCCUAGACUACAUGUUCCAGGACUUGUACAACCUGAAGUCUUUGGAGGUGGGGGACAACGACCUUGUCUACAUCUCCCACCGGGCCUUCAGUGGCCUCAACAGCCUGGAGCAGCUGACCCUGGAGAAAUGCAACCUGACCUCCAUCCCCACGGAGGCCCUGUCUCACCUUCACGGCUUGAUCGUGCUGCGGCUGCGCCAUCUGAACAUCAACACCAUCCGGGAUUACUCAUUCAAGAGGCUGUACCGGCUGAAGGUCCUCGAGAUCUCACACUGGCCCUACCUGGAUACUAUGACAUCCAACUGCCUCUAUGGGUUGAACCUGACCUCCUUGUCCAUCACCCACUGCAACCUGACAUCCAUCCCGUAUGUGUCAGUGAGGCACUUGGUUUACCUCCGGUUCCUGAACCUGUCCUACAACCCCAUAGUCACCAUCGAGGGCUCAAUGCUCCAUGACCUGCUCAGGCUCCAGGAGAUUCAGCUGGUGGGAGGGCAGCUCACCACGGUGGAGCCCUUCGCCUUCCGCGGCCUCAAUUACCUGCGCAUCCUGAACGUGUCAGGGAACCUGCUGACCACCCUGGAGGAGUCAGCUUUCCACUCGGUGGGCAACCUGGAGACGCUCAUCCUCGACAACAACCCCUUAGCCUGCGACUGUCGGCUGCUCUGGGUUUUCCGGCGGCGAUGGCGGUUGAACUUCAACAAGCAGCAGCCCACCUGCUCCACCCCCGAGUUUGUCCAGGGCAAGGAGUUCAAGGACUUCCCUGACGUCCUCCUGCCCAACUACUUCACCUGCCGCCGAGCACGGAUAAGGGACCGCAAACCUCAGCAGAUCUUUGUGGACGAAGGCCACACGGUGCAUUUUGUCUGCCGGGCAGAUGGGGACCCGCCACCCACCAUCAUGUGGCUCUCUCCCCGGAAGCACCUCAUCUCUACCAAAACCAACGGGCGGCUCACUGUCUUCCCUGACGGCACGCUGGAGGUGCGCUACGCCCAGAUCCAGGACAAUGGCACCUACCUAUGCAUUGCCAGCAACGCAGGUGGCAACGACACCAUGCUGGCCCACCUGCAUGUGCGCAGCUACUCCCCAGACUGGCCCCACCAGCCCAACAAGACCUUCGCAUUCAUCUCCAACCAGCCCAAUGAGAGCGAUGCCAACAGCACGCGCGCCACCGUGCCUUUCCCCUUUGACAUCAAGACUCUCAUCAUCGCCACCACCAUGGGCUUCAUCUCCUUCCUGGGCGUUGUGCUCUUCUGUCUGGUGCUCCUCUUCCUGUGGAGCCGUGGGAAAGGCAACACCAAGCACAAUAUUGAAAUCGAGUACGUGCCACGCAAGUCCGAUGCGGGCAUCAGCUCUGCCGACGCGCCGCGCAAGUUCAAUAUGAAAAUGAUUUAG